AUGGACGCCUUCCAAGCAGACACGACUCCGCCACCGACCCCCGGUCCGAGCUCGUUUGCUCCACCGUCUCCGCAUGCACAAAGACUCGCAAGGCAGCCUCCAACUUCGCUCUCGCUUCGCAUCCCACAAGACGGUCAAUCUCGCCUCACACAUCCUUCGCCGCUGUCCGCUCGGCCAGCGCUCCCGCUCUCGCCAGGCCAUGCCUCUUCCAGCACCCUCGCGCCUCCGCCGCUGUCUAGGCUAGCACGCAAACGCCCGUCCAAGCUCACGCUCGCGCCACCAUCGCUCGCCGACGAUCCGGGCCUCUCGUCGCGCUCCAUGCCCAGCUCGCCCGUCGUGCUCUCCCGAUCCAACUCCAAAUCCGAGCACCAGCCCGACUCCACCGUCGCGGCCCCAUCCGCCAUCUCGGAAGCCGUCAGGCAUCUCUCGAGCACCCUGCGCGGAACGCCGCGAAGAAGACCCAGCAUGCCCUUCAAGGACACCUCGGCGCAGCGCUCCGCUUUCCCAGAACCUCCGAGCGCAUCCAGCUCGCGCACAAGGCCGCCAGAAGCCUUCCGCGAUCCAUCCGAGCACAUCCUCAGCGGCAAGGGCAGCACCCUCCAGCACGCUCGCUCCGUCUACUCGCACGGCCCCGUCGAAAUCCUCCCCGGCCUCUACCUCGGAGACGAGCACAACGCACGCGAUCACCACACGCUCUCCGCCCUCGGCAUCACCACCAUCCUCAACGUCGCAAAGGAGACCACCUUGGAUUUCACUGCAGACGCCGCCAGCGCAUCACCCGCGCAGUGGUCGCGCGUGCCCGAACGCAGGGGCACUCUGGCAAACCGUGAGCUGCCCUCGGCUCGCUCCCAUCGCGACUCGGCGCAAUCCUCUCAAGUGCCCCCCACACCCGGCGCCUACUUUACUCCACCCACCACCGCAUCUCUGCCAGUCGCCAGGGACAACAACGACGCGCCUUCGCCUCGCACCGCCAUCAGCCCCUCGGUGCUCCGCAACACCUCCUCCACGCCCAACCUGCUCACCCAGUUCCUCCACGACGAGCCCGCCUCGACAUCCGACCUGUCGUCGCACACGCAAGCCGCGCCUGUCGACGCAUCGGCCGACCUGCGAACGCUGACGGCGCAAGACGUGUUGAAGUACCGCACGCUGCGUCGCUCCAGCGGCUCGUCUUCCGACGAUGCUAAUGACACGGCAUCGUCCCCCUCGUCGUCGCGAGCACCCAGCACUUGCACGUCGGCAGCCACCGAGCUCACACCCCCCGCGCUCAUGAGCAUCCGCGCAAAGGGCAGCGAUGCCGAAUCCGAAUCCCACGACGCCUACGAUUCCAGUGCAUAUUCCAGCCAGCAGGUGUCGCCUAGAUAUGCGUCCGACGCCGGCGAGCAGCAGUCUCCAUCCGCCUGGGUCACGCACGUCGAGCUGCCCGCCAACGCCACGCUCACCAGGGUGGCGGUGGGCGCAGCAGACGGGUGCGCCGCCGAGGUGCGCUACAUCAAGCUGCCCUGGACGCACGACGAGACCGAACUGGCGUCGGGCCACGGUGGAUUCGCGCAGGGGUGUGCGCUCAUCGCCGAAGCGCUCGGCGUGGAUGCUCGGUACUGGUACGCGGCCAAGAUUCCGGAGGAUGUGGAUGCGUGCUCGGCGCUGCACGACGAUGCCAGCCUGGCGCAGGUGCAGACGAGCCGCACGCCCGGACGCAUCCUGGUGCACUGCCAGUGCGGAGUGAGCCGCAGCGCGACGCUGGUGAUUGCGUUUGUCAUGCAGGCCGCCGCCAUGCGCUACGGCUUUGAGGCGGCACGCAGCCUGCUGGGCAUGCACGACUGCUACAACAUGGUCAAGGACAAGUCGUCGAGCAUCUCGCCCAACAUUUCGCUCAUCUACCAGCUCGUCGAGUGGGAGCGCUACCUCUCCAGCGCCGCCGGUCGGCUGCGCGACGUGCUCGGCAUGGCCAGCGUACGCAACCACAGCGAAGCGGGUCAAGUCAUGGAUGUAGGGCAUUCUACGAGCCUGGCGGGUGCAGGAUGGUGCACCGAGACCAUGGACGAGGCCAUGUGGAGCAAGAUGCGGCUGGAGGAGGAGGAGAAGGAGGCCGCCGAAGAGGCGCGGCGGCGCGAAGAGCGACUCAACGAAGCGGUGCGUCUGGCGGCAGAGAGAAAGGCGGCGCAGGAUCGGCUCGAAGGACUCACGCCCGACUCGGCGGCGGCGGUGGGCAGUGAUGCGGCAGCCGGAUCGCUCAUGCAGCGGAGGCGCAAGAAGGCGGCUCCUGCACUGCAGCUCCAGACGGCCGGGGCGGCGGGUGGAGCAGGAGCGGCGUUGGCGAGUCCCGGGAUGCAGCGACGCCGACCGCCAGCGCUGCAGCUGUCGCGCAACGGAGCCGACAGAGGCACCGCGGUGGAAACGCCGUUCCAGACGGCAAGGAUGGAGGUGUGGACGGGCAGCGAGCACGACGGCGAUGGCGACGUGAUGAUGGACGAGCUGGAUGCACCGCAGACGCCGCUGCGAUCGUGGGCGAUGGACUCGGAUGUGGUGUCUACGCCGACCGCGCGAACCGCCGCAGGGCCGUGUGAGGGCGAGGCGGAUGCAUCGACGCUGCGCACGCCGAGCGCCCGCACCCACGCCUCCUUUACGCUGGGUGGUGAAGCGCGGUUGGAUCGGGCGCGGCCGUCAUCGACCUCGCACGUGUCGUUGGGACGCGAAGGAGUGGUGUCGAGUACGCGUGCACGGAUAUCCCGCAGGGAUAUCCGUGCACGGGUAGUCGUCAGGGAUAUCCUCAUGAGUGGUCGACAAGUGGCUAGCAUCACCUGGUCCAUGAGUGCGUAUCUGCCCUCUGGAUGCUGGCUGGCUGGCUGGCGCAAGGGCGGUGGAAUAGGAACCAAGGCCUCGCUCGUGCUCGCUCGGCCUCGCUCGCUCGCUGGCUGUCGAACGCUCGCCCAGCUCGACGGAUGCGAUCCGACUCGCCCUCCCUCUCGUCUCGUCCUUACCGGUCUGCUCGGCAAGCGUGAUGGCCGAUGGCACGCCCAGAUGUGA